UCAAAUAUCGAAGUCUAGUCUGCUUGUCCAUUUUGCAAAAGUUGAUUACUUGAUUAACGUAACAACAACAGUUUGAUUGUUAAAAAAGUUAGCACAAAACUUUGUGUGUAGAUACUGUAUCAACUUCGUAAACCAAAAGAAAUUACAGCGAAUUUGAGAAUACAUAAUUUAAGUACAAAUCGGUAUAUUUAGCAUAAUAAAACGUGGUACAGUGGUAGUGCGUCAAAGACAAGGUUCGAUUAGUCGUUUUCUUGUCAGGUCUUAUUAUUCAGAGAUGGAGUUCAAAUUAUUUUUAGCUAGGCAUGGGGAAACUGAUCAUAACAAAGGGUCUGUGAUUCAAGGACAACUUGACAUACCCUUGUCGAAAAAUGGGAUGAACCAAGCAAAAUUACUGGCCAAAUCAAUUCAUCAUCUUCAAUGGAAUGAAAUUUGGACAAGUGAUUUAAAAAGGAGCUGGCAGACUGCCAAUUUUCUUGUCAGUGAUGAAAUAAAUCAUCAGGAUGAUGGUGAUAAUGAUGCCUUGUUAAUGAGUAAACCUUUAUCUGCAAUCCAAUCUGACAUAAGGAUUAGAGAAAGGCAUUAUGGUAUUUGUCAAGGCCAAAGCACAGCAAAUCUUAAGAAGAUGGCAGGAGAAGCUGGAGUCAAAAUAAGCAACUUUGUCCCUCCAGAAGCUGAAAGUUCUGAGGAUGUGAAAAAACGAGCCAUUGCUUUUUUUAAGGAUUUGUGCGAUAGACAAAUCUUAUUGCGCAUGGAUGACAAGGAAUCGAAGAUUUUAGUAGUCGGACACGGUGGGUGGUUGAGCGAGUUCAUGACCUAUUUAGCCUUGCCACAGACUGGAAGGUCUUCUUUCACGCCAUCUGAACUCGAAGCUGUUAGUAGAAUUACUCCUAAUACUGCUGUGUCAAGUUUUGAAAUUCAACUACAAAGUGACGGUGGGGUCUCCCUCAUAAAGUGCUUAGCUUUGCACGACAAAUCGCAUUUAACGAGCCCUGUCUGCAGUGACGAACUUGCCGUAUAAAAAAAACUAAUAUAUAAUUGAAUCUUAUUCAAAGUAUUUGUAAGUGUAUCUGUAGUACAUGCUUGUUAAUGGAAAAGUACAUAAGUCUGUAAGCUUAA